CUCAUUACAUCAGCGGUGCUUGGCUCGUUCAACAAGUUGCUCCCGUCGGUGAUCUAGUAGGCUGUAGUGAGCGGCACGCAAGUGUACUGACGACUUUAUGAUCACUGACACGACAUGGACAAACCAAAUACACUCCCAUCGACCGCCAACCCUCCUCCGCCGUCGCCAUCCAAGCAACGAGAUGCUUUCGCGUACCAAACUCGUCUCCUCCAGCGUGCUACUUCUCGUUCAUCAACCAACUCUCUUUCGCGAAAUUCGUCCAUCUCAUCGCGCCCAACUUCCCUCGUGAGCCCCACUACAACUGGUUCUAGCCCGUCCGUGGUUCCUGCCAAUAGACGAUGGACACCUUCACACCGACCGGGUACCAGUCUUGACACAGUACGCGACAAAUGGGAGGAGCGUGCACGCGCAGAGGCUGUACUUGAGGGACGCAGGUCGGUCAGUCCAACAAAGCAAAUCGAAACUACUCCCGGUGGUUCUCCCCUAGGCCGCAGUGAUAGUAUAUCUACUCUCUCUAGUUCAUCCUCAUUCACAGAUUCCAGUUUGCAACGCACCCCAACUUAUCUCAAACGUCACACUUUCUCUGCUUCCCUUCCACCACACAUAGUAGCAACCCCUUUAUCCCCGAACACUACUGGAAUAUCUGUCGAGAACCCUGAUUCACCUACUAAUUCAUUUGCGACCCCGACUCCUCAUCGUAUACGUCUCCCAACCACAGCAUCUCUUCAUUCUUCAUCAAUAUCUGAUAUCAAGGAACUUGCUGAUCAUCAUUUGCCUCCACCCAUAUCCCUCGAUUCCCCCUCUCCGCCCAGGCGGAGAUCAAAUACCCUAGACCACCACAUCCAAGAUUUUGCUACCCGUGAUCCAGUGUCACGGAUAGCUGACCCAACCGCAUCGACGCUGAUCAACACUCCGUCCAGUCCCUCAAAGCCUUUGUUCACACCUCCAACUAUCCGUCGCCGUCCCACGUCGCUUUAUGGUUCACAUUUAUCGUCUUUUCCCUCCCAGGAAAAGGACCCAUUGCCCGGUCGCACCUCUGCAAGCCAGGAUCUUACCGACCACACUUUACGAACUCCAAGUCGUCAUUCACGAGUUUCUUCCACCACAUCUAUUCCCUCAACUUCCUCCUCUGUGAUGUCCCCGGCUCCGUAUCGCUCCUCAUACAUGGCAAGCAAGAAGUCAUCAACAUAUGGUCAAAUUGCUGGGGGCAAACUAGGACGUCAUCUACCUCGCAUCGCGAGCGGGGAUGCUGGUGAAGACUGGGUCGACGAGCAGAAGCCUAAUCCCCCUCCCCCACCGCAAAUGGUGUCGCGUCGAGCACGCCGUCAUUCCAGAUAUGAGCCCCCAGCGUCACCUAUUACAGAAGAACUUGUAGCAGGGAUGACAAACGCUUCCGAUGUCACUGGAGUUCCGGGGCGAUUGCGUCUCUCGCGGGAUACAACCCCAGCGAGCCCGACUACACCGACACCCCUCCCUUCCUCUCGCUUGACGAGAGGCCUGUGGGCCGAUGUACAGAGGAAUUUACUGCAGGCGUAUGAAUAUCUGUGCCAUGUGGGAGAGGCGCAGCAAUGGAUCGAGGGCUGCAUUGGGGAAGAGUUAGGCUUUGGGGUGGUGGAGAUGGAGGAAGGAAUGAGGAAUGGUGUUGUGCUAGCCCGACUUGUCAGGGUUUUCAAGGGGGAAGGAGGGUUUAGGAUUUACGAGGCCCGAAAGUUAAAUUUUCGUCACUCAGAUAACAUUAAUCAUUUCUUUGUUUUUGUCAGGGAGGUAGGAUUGCCCGAGGGAUUCAUAUUUGAAUUGACCGAUCUAUACGAGAAGAAAAACUUUCCCAAGGUCAUUUACUGCAUACACGCACUUAGUCAUCUCCUUGCCCGUCGUGGUCUUGCCGAAUGUAUCGGAGAUCUUCUCGGUCAACUACAAUUUUCCGAUGACCAGUUGCAGAAGACGCAGAAAGGUCUCACCGACGCAGGUAUUCCGAUGCCUAACUUUGGCAAUGUCGGCAGGGAACUAGCAAAGGAAAUCAAUGAGGAGCCUGAUCCACCACCGCCUGAGCCAGAGGAAAGCGAGGAGGAACGGCGCGAUCGCCUGCUCUUAGAGAAUGAGGACUCGAUACGUUUGGUCCAAUGCUUAGCCCGUGGCUUUCUGGUCCGCAAGGCACAGGCGACACAACGCGUCCGUUUGCGUCUAACCGAACGAUACGUUCCUCGUCUGCAAGCACAUCUCCGCGGUGCUCUCGUCCGACGCACCGUUUCCGUGUCCCGUCAGCAGACCCGUGACAUGACACCCUGGGCUGUUCGUCUACAGGCUGCUGCGCGCGGCUUACUUGUCCGCCGGCGCUGGCGAGCACAUGUUGCCCGCAUCAAGGCAGUCUCUCAAUACGUAGUGAAGACCCAGGCCCACAUCCGCGGCGUCCUCGUACGUCGACGAUUUGAGAAGCUGAAGGCGGCCUUGAGGAGCGCCCGUGCCAUCGUGGUGAAAAUGCAAUCAACUGCACGCGCCAAAAUCGUGAAGCGGAACCACAGCGAAGUGGCAAAGACGUUUGCGCGGGCGGAGGUGGCGUUGUCUGUAGUAAAUGUUCAGGCUGCUGCGCGCGGCUUCCUCAUCCGACGGGCGCUUUCGAGAAAGCUCAGAACACUGGAUGCAGAGGAGGAGACCAUUGUGGAUCUGCAGGCGCAGUGUCGCGGUGUUCUUGUGCGGAGGCGCAUACGGACUCAACUCGCCAAACUUGACGAUGUGUCUGCAACUGUAGUCCGCAUACAGGCAGCCGUGAGGACUUAUCUCGCACGCAAGCGUCUUCUUCAGCUCAUCCGAGGUUUGCGACGCGCGACUCCCAUGCUUAUCGGUCUGCAAGCGCGUGCACGCGCAAGCCUAGCUAGACAGCAGCACCGCAAUGUUGCAAAGGCCCUCUGCGAGGUGAAAGUCGUGGCGAGUGUUGGAGGGUUCCAGGCUCUCGCUCGAGCUGCCAUCACGCGGAACCGCCACCGUGAGCAGCAGAAAGAAUUAGAGUUUGUUGCGCCGGAUGUGAACGGGUUCCAGGCGGUGGCGCGGGGGUACCUCGUCAGGAGGGACUAUCAUGCAUGGCGAGAUCACUUGCGGCGGAGUCAGCCUGCAGCGACGAUGUUGCAGGCUUUGUUCCGUGGAGUGCUCCAGCGGAAGAAAUUUCGUGCGAAGCUUGAAUAUUAUCGCACGAAUCUUGAUAAGGUUGUCAAGAUCCAGUCGCUCUUUAGAGCGAAGGAGACUAGGGAGCAGUAUAGACAGCUCACGCUGGGCAAGAACGUCACCGUCGGAACGAUCAAGAACUUCGUGCAUUUGCUGGACGAUUCGGAGUCGGACUUCCAGGACGAGAUCAAGGUGGAGCGGUUGAGGAAGCGCGUGGUGGAGAAUAUUCGUGAGAACCAAGCUCUGGAGAGCGAUGUUAGUGAUCUCGACGUCAAGAUUGCGCUUGUCGUGCAGAACGUCAAGUCGUUCGAGGAGCUGAUUAAAGCACGGAAACGGUAUGGUGCGGACAACGCUGCUGCUCACGCUACCAGGGCGUCUAUCCUUGCUGCGCAUGGAGACCCCUUUGCCGGACCGAAUACUCUUGACCAUGCAGCGAAGAAGAAGCUUGAACUUUAUCAGCAGCUAUUCUAUCUUCUGCAGACGAAAGCGGAGUACCUGAGCGGGCUCUUCGUUCAGCUUUCUGACGAGACCGCGGAGAAGCACAGACGGUUGACAGAGCGGGUUGUGCUCACGUUGUUCGGGUAUGGUCAGGAUCGAAGGGAGGAUUAUCUCUUCUUGAAGUUAUUCCAGCUUUCGAUCCGCCAGGAAAUCAUGGCUGCACCGUCAAUUUCAGAUGUCGUCCGUGGACACCCGAUGUAUAUCAACAUAGCAGUACAGUACGUCCGCCCACGACAGGUCACGUAUAUCCGUGAAACGCUGCAGGGAAUCAUCCACGAGCUCAUGGAGGCUGUCGAUCUUGACCUGGAAUCUGAUCCUACGGUGAUCCACCGAUCACGCAUAAAUGUGGAGGAAAUGCGGUCUGGAAUCGCAAGCACGAAGCCCAAAGAUGUUCCGUUUUACGAGGCUUUGAAGGACCCUGAUACUAGGGCUGAGUACAUUAGACAUCUCCAGAAACUUCAGUGGUGGACUGAAGCCUUUGCCGCAUCCAUAUUCGAGUCGACUCGCAAGAUGCCCUACAGCGUACGAUUCAUGGCGCGUGAAACACUCCUUUCGUUGAAGGAAAAGUUCCCUGGAGCGUCUGAAGAAGUGUACGCAGCCUGCAUAGGCAGGUUGGUAUAUUACCGGUACUUGAACCCCGCCAUCUUAACGCCUGAAAACUUUGAUAUGGUCACAUCGACGGUUGAUAUUGCAACAAGGAAAAAUCUCGCUCAAAUCUCCAAAGUCUUGACGCAGGUUACAUCGGGCUCUGAGUUCACGGACGAGCAGCCUAUAUAUGUGCCCAUUAACGAGUGUGUACGCACAUUGAUCACACAGAUGACGAAUUGGCUGGUGCGAACGGUCGCAGAUGUUCCCGAUGCUGAAAGUCAUUACCAUGCCCACGAGUUCUUGGAUGCGACUGUACAACCAAAGCCUAUUUACAUCUCGCCGAACGAGGUGUACGGGAUGCAUGUACUGCUCUCGCAAUAUCAAGACAACCUGUCUCCUGAUCGACACGGCGCCUUGCGUGUUAUUCUGCACGAGCUGGAUGGUGUACCCCAUCUUGAUAAUGAUGAGCUCAAGGAUGCCAGGGAUCGUGCGGUUACCCUGGAGCUGACGAAUAGGUUUGCUCGUGUCCGAGAUCCACAAGCUGACGAGAAAGCACUUUGGGUACAAGCAAAGCGUGGUGUGCUUGCAAUUUUACGCGUCCAACCUGCGCAAGAUCUUGUCGAAUCUUUGAUGCGUCCUGUGAGCGAGGAUGACGAGCUUCGCUGGGAACAUAUUUUAGCCGAAAUGGAUAACGAACCAAUACCACGACGUAUGCCUUCAACUUCCGUAGGCGAGUCCGCAUACAGGCUAGAAGACAUUCGAUCGUUGUCGUUCAAAGAAGUCAAAGCCCAUGCCAUUUUCUUCCUUCUUGAACUCGAGAAACAAGGGAAGAUUACGCGCAACGACGGAUUCCAAGGGAUUCUAAACGCCAUUGCCAGCGAUGUCCGUAGCAAGCAUCGCAAACGGUUACAACGUCAACAGGAGAUGGAUAGCAUGGUAGACGCCCUGAAACACCUUUCCGAACGGAAGAAGUAUUUCGAAGAGCAGAUCAACAGCUAUCAUGAUUAUGUGGAAGCCGCGAUGGCGACCAUGCAGCGAGGCAAAGGGAAGAAGCGAUUUGUUCUGCCAUUUACCAAGCAGUACUUCCACCUACGCGACUUGCAGAAGUCAGGGAAGAAUCCUCAGUUUGGAUCUUUCAAAUACAGUGCGAAGGAUCUGUACGAGAAGGGCAUCCUACUCUCCAUCGAUCAAUUCUCUCCUCGUCAGUUUGAUAAAAUCGACAUCACCAUUUCUUCCAACAAACCUGGCAUCUUCACCAUGGAAGUGUUCAAUAACACGCUGGGGAUCACCAAUCGGAUAGCGUCUACUGAUCUGCGUAUGGAAGACUUAUUGCAAGCUCAAUUCGAGAACCAGGCUUCCCUUUCCUUAUUCAAUGGACUGGCAAAGGUCAACAUUAGUUUGUUCCUCUACCAGAUCAAUAAGAAAUUUUAUGUUUAGUCGGUGCUUGCUCUCGAGACCGGUCUCAUCUCAUAUCUACUAGUUUUUUUGCCUCUGCAUCUUGCAUCAUAUAUCUUCGCAUUUAUUACAUGUAACCGUAGUCCAUCACGCAAUUAUGUAUUUUUGCAUAUAACCUGCGAUUAACGGCCGUCC